AUGGUCAACUUGAAGGGAAGAAUACUGACCAAAGAAUUCACUGCUAAAUGGGGAGGGAUGCCAUACUGUCAUGUAUGUGGAUCAGUGAUAGAGGACAUUAUUCAUGUGUUUAGGGAUUGCAGGAACGCUAAAGCAAUUUGGGAAACAUGGCUGGUAGGUGCUUUAAGAACUGACUUCUUCUCGUUAGAUGUAAACGAGUGGAUCAGGAAGAAUCUGCUAGGAGGGUGGAAGCAUAAUCAGGUUUUGGAGUGGAAGGAUGUGUUUAUAACAACUAUAUGGAAACUAUGGGAGGAAUAUGAUGUUAGUAAUUCCAAUACUGAAGUGGAGUCGAGGGAUAGAUGGUCGGCUCCUGCGAAUGGAUGGUGGAAGAUGAACAUUGAUGGAGCAGUGGAGAAAGUUUCUAACAAUGCAACGAAACUGAUUGUGGAAGGUGACUCCUCAUUAGCUAUGGGAGCUAUAGAGGAAGGGGAAGACAAUGGGGACGAUGCUCAGCUAGUCAAGAGCAUUAGAAACUGGCUGAAUUUGAAUUGGGAGAUAAAACUUGUUGCGGUUCGAAGAAAGGCGAAUAGAUGUGCAGAUUUUCUAGCACAUUUUUCUUGUAAUCUUGAUGAUGUUUUGGUUAUGCACCUAGAACCUCCUGUUAGACUUGAGUGGUUGUUAGCUCAAGAUGCUGGGGCUGUUAGUAAUUAG